AUGGUAGCUGCUUCUACAGCCAGUGGCUCGACCUCUGGCGAAAGUGAUCCCACCUUGGCCCAUCGUGUUCUCUGCGUUCACGGCCAUGCUCAGAGCGCUGAGGGCUUCCGUCAGAAGACUGGUGGUAUCCGGAGGCAGUGCAAGAGACUAGUCCAUUUUGAGUACGAUAUAACCAGCAGCUUCCUCCAAGGGCCCUUCGAGGUGCCUCCAGAUGACGUUUUCGCCAGCCAUGACCCUGACAGCGAGAAGACUUACACUUGGAUUGAUCCUAAGAAGGAGAGUCCGGAAAACUUGGGCGAGUUUUUUGUAGAGAGCAUUGCGAAGGCCAUGACCCCAGAGACACAGGGCUUGUUUGGGUUCUCCAUGGGUUGCCCUGCCAUCCUUCUCGCUAUGGCUCGGUACCCUCAGGCAUUCGAAAAUGUAAAGUUCAUCAUACUCUGUGGCGCAUUUUUCCCACAGAAUAAUAGCGAACAGGAAGCAGAAAUUCGUGCUUGUCCCCUGUGGCCCAAGGUUCGGGCGAUGUUCAUCUGUGGCAAGUCAGAUCAGGUGGUCGCCGAAGACCGUAGCCUUAGAGUUGCCAAGAUGUUCACUGAUCCAGUUAUAUUCGAACACGCCAAGGGCCACAUGGUCCCCGCAGAGGCUCGGAAGGAUGUGAAAACGUUUGUUCAGGAAUCUCUGGAGUCUGAGUAG